CAUUUUGCCCCUCGGGGGCUGGCCCAUCACUAUGUUCUUUGGCCUCUGACAACGUACGGCGGUGCCAGACCUAUAUAUCGAGUCUAAUCCAGCCUCCCGUUUCCUUCCCCAUUCAAUAACCCCACUCAUUGUCGCGCCACUCCCAAGGUUGCGCCACAAUCCCCGGUCAUGUCCAAGCAAACUCGAGCCCCGUUUCCUAACCCAUCGGGGCAACUAGUGGUCCGAGGUCCGACGCCCCACGACGCGUCUAGGUACCUGCAACGCUUCCUGUUGACAUUCAUCCUUCUGCUGCCCGAAGUAGACCCGAUCUUGCAGUCUUUCAUCCGAAACUACCUACAACUCCCGCCCCGUGCAACGGAGUCAGCAUUCGAUCGACAACCAAACGCAGAGGCUGCUGGAUCUGGAUCUCCCAUUGCACAUAGUCCAGCCCCUUCGAGAGUGAUGCUGCCAGCCGAGGCUACAUGUGACGUACUACCCUCGCCCGGAGCUCUCCUGCUGCCCCCUGUACCGUAUCCGCCCACGCCUGACGAAGAGCUCGGCGAGUGGCACUCGCUGAGGAGCACAGAAUCGGGAUCACCCCUGCCGAUACGGAUACCAGACAUCACUAUCGAAGGGCCACCGGAGGAGGAACUCCCACGUUAUCCGACACCGCCCAGCACAAACCCAUCUGGCCACUACUCGUACAGCUCCUCCUCGUCCACAUCAUCCCGACUGCUUUCCCCGUCGUCAGCAGAAACCCUAGGCGUGGGCCUUCCGGAUGUACAGCCACGGAUGCCGCCUGUAGCGGAAGGCCGCUGCGAGGACCGCGAGGACCGCGCCGAUGAGGAUCCGCUCGGCGAUUGGACUGGGCCGCCCAUGCUCACGCAUGCCGACCAGGCGUACGUCGUGCUUGGUAUGCUCGGUGAAGGCGGAUCUGGCAGGGUCAUGUGCGCGCGUGCACGUACAGGGCACACCGUCGCUAUCAAGGUCGUCCACAAGGCGAGGGCGUACCGUGACCCGUUCGGCAGGGAGAAUCUGAAGGAUGAAAAGUUCACCUGGGAGCGGGUCACCCAUGAGCGGCGUCCCUUCUUGGUUAGCCUCCUUCUGUCAUGGGACGACCCUGAGAACGUCUACUUCGUGAUGCCGCUGUACCACCAGAACCUUCUGCAACGCAUCACAAGCCGCGAGGCGAUCUCGCCCGGAGACUUCAAGCUCUACGCUGCCGAGCUCGUCGCGGCGGUCCACAACCUGCACGCCUCGGGUGUCCUGCACCGGGACAUCAAGCCCGAGAACGUGCUGCUCUCGCCUUCGGGCCACGUCGCGCUCGCCGACUUCGGGCUCGCGUACACGAACUGGGACGACACGGCAUGCCCGCUGGACCGACUGCUGCUCGCCGACUGCGUCGGCACGCCCGGCUACUUCGCGCCCGAGGUGCUCCUCGCCGGCGGCGCCCACGGGUACGGCUGGCCGGCGGACGUGUGGGCGCUCGGCGUCGUGCUCCUCGAGCUGCACCUCGGCGCGGCGCACCCGCUGUUCUGGGCGCGCAGCAGCGCGGACGCGCUCCGCCGCAUGCUGACGGAGGACGUCCCGCUCGCGCGUGUCGCGGACGGCGCGCUGCGCGACCUCCUGGGCCACAUGCUCGCGCGCAGCGCGCAGAAGCGUUGGUCACCCGCGGCGCUGAUGCGGCACCCGUACUUUGCCGACAUCGACUGGGACGCGCUCCAGGCGCUCGAGUACAUGCCGGAGUACGUCCCGCCCCGGCCGGCCGUCGACCGCACGCGCCAGAGCCUCCGCUUCGACACGUUCCACCGCGGCGCGGGCGUGCGCGACUCGUGGAGCGUGUGCCUGGACAGCUGCGGCUCGCUGCUGCCGAACCCGCCCGUCCUCCGCCAGCUGAGCGAGGACCGCCACGACGGGCGCGGCGACUUCCGUUUCCAGCGGCCUUAUGGCCUCCUGCCGAGUGUGAGGCACGACGCGCUGGGCUCUGCCCAGAGGCAAGAGCAGGAUAUCCACCAGUGAGAACGUGAAGAGAUAGAGGUUUGGCUCGCAUUUUGUGUGCGGCAGCCCCAAAGAGGUACGGUGUGUCAUCCUGACACCCUGUCCACUUCUUGUCGUGGUUUCUCAUGGUCUCUGGAUUUAUAAGCAUGCUAUAUUGGAUGUAUUGUUUCUAUAAUGUGUACACAGACUUGAAAAGCAUUGACUUCUCUUGCUGGGGGAGCUACAGUACUUUAGCUGAGCAAAUGGCCACUAUUGGCCAGUAGAGCGUGAUAGGCUAUCUUCUCGCUCUUCUACACCCCAUUUUGCAUGACAUGUCAGUUUGUACUGUAUUAGUCGACUGAAAU